AUGUCUAAACUUAAACAAGGUUCGGUUGACCCAACCUUCUUUCGCAAGAAAGAAGGUGACUACUUCAUGAUUGUCCAAAUAUACAUUGAUGACAUUAUCUUCGAAUCAACUAACCCCAGCUUAACAUUUGAAUUCUGGAAGCUAAUGGAAACAAAGUUUGAGAUGAGCUCAAUGGGUCCAGUUAACGAUUUCCUUGGAUUAAACAUUAGACAGAGCCAUGAAGGUAUAUUUAUCAAUCAGGAGGCUUACAGGAAGACCUUUCUUGCUAUGUUUGGAAUGGUGGGAGACUCAAAAAUGAAGGUUCCAAUGGCAUUCAGAACAAAACUGACACAAUCUCUAGAAAAACCAGCUGCUAAUAUGACCCUUUAUUGUCAGAUGAUAGGUUCAUUGAUGUAUUUAACAGCUAGUCGACCAUACAUUAUGUUUACCAUUUGUUAUUGUUCUAGGUUCCAGGUGAAUCCUCGUGAACCUCACAUGGUGGCCGUCAAGAAUAUUUUCAGGUACCUAAAACGAACCUCAUCGCUGAGCAUAUGGUAUCCAUCAAAUUCAAGUUUCUUCGUACAAGCGUUUUCAAAUGCCGAUCUUGGAGGGUGUGGCUUGGAUAGAAAAAGUACAACGGGAGGAUGCCAGUUCUUGGAUGCCAAGCUCGUAAGUUGGCAUUCGAAAAAGCAAACUUGUGUAUCCCUCUUAACUACUGAAGCAGAGUAUAUAGUUGCAGCCUCAUGCACUUCACAAGUUAUUUGGAUUCAAAGCCAGCUUCGUGACUAUGGUUUGAAUAUGAAACGAAUCCCCUUGUACUGUGACUCCAAAAGUGCCAUUUGCAUAUGUCACAAUCCAGUGCAACACUAA